UCACCUCGCCGGGUAACGUUACGGCGCCUUUAACAUUUCUUUGGACUGCCAUUGGAUUUGUUUUUUAAAUCCCCAGCUCAUCACAUGGGAGCGCCAUUGACUCAAUGCCAGCAUCAAACUGCAAGGGAAGUGAUAGGAACGCGGAACAUCUCGCUGGGUGCUCACGAAAAGUUCCUGUCAGUUGAGGGAAUUGACCUACCAUUUAUGCUAGGCUAUAGUCAACGUCCAUGACAUGAUAUCAGAACGUGCGCGACUGCCGUUGCACCUGUCAGCAGCAGCACACACCAAUCGGAAAUACUUUGUUGAAGAUGAACUGAACAAGCAUACACAGCCACAUUGCAAACAGUUUUUGUUUGUGGCCUGUUUUGCCCUGUGCUAGUCUAUUGUUUUAGACUGUAGACCACGGAUUCUGCUGGAGCAAAAGCCUAAAACCUACUGCCUCUGUGUCUAAGGCUACACGUUAUAGCACAACUGACUCGCUUUGAUGUGUUUUUUUUUUCACCACUGCCUGACAUCUUUAAUAAUGCACUGAAGAGAACUGGGAAUACGUUAUGUUAUUGGCGCAAGAGUAAAUCACCGAUACGAAUCCAGCAUUCAACUAUGCCUGUAAGAAAAAAAGACACAGCUAGGGCCCUAGGGCUUUUGGAAGACUACUGUGCUAAACUGACGAAGCCAGAGGAACAACAGCUCAAAACUGCCAUUCAGAGAGUGAUGGGGGUCUUCAAAAGCAGCCUGUUCCAAGCACUGCUUGAUAUCCAGGAGUUCUAUGAGGUGACGCUGCUGAACACCCAAAAGAGCUGCAAGCAGAAGCUGGAGGAGGUCAACCACAUGGCUGACAAGUGGGAACAGACGGGCACGGGCUCCCUCACCGCGGUGCUACAACACGCCUGCCCAACCGAGAUGGGGGAGCGGAGCAGCUCGGAGCACGGUGGGAAGGACCAGACACCGAUCAGUGUGAAAGUCUCUGAAAACAGGCCGGCAGCCGUGCAGGGGUCCCCACACACUGGCCCGCCCCCGGCAUGCAUGAACCCCGCCUUGAUGAGCACUCCCUGGCAGUAUCGCUAUCAAGAUGAGGACUCUCCACCUGAGCACGGGUUCCCGCGGCUGACCAACGAGGUGCGCGCCCCUGAGCUGGUGCACGUGUCGGAGAAGAACCUCUCGGAGAUUGAGAAUGUGCAUGGCUACGUGUCCCACUCCCAUAUCUCCCCGCUCAAGGCGAGUCCCGCUCCAAUAAUUGUCAACACCGACACUCUGGAGAGCGUACCUUACGUCAACGGGACAGAAAUUGAAUAUGAGUUUGAAGAAAUCACACUAGAGCGGGGGAACUCAGGGUUGGGUUUUAGCAUCGCUGGAGGAACAGAUAACCCCCAUAUCGGUGAUGACCCAGGGAUCUUCAUCACCAAGAUUAUCCCUGGUGGCGCGGCAGCAGAGGAUAGUCGGUUAAGAGUGAAUGACUGCAUCCUGCGGGUGAAUGAUGCCGACGUGUCUGAGGUGUCCCACAGUAAGGCAGUGGAGGCCCUGAAGGUGGCUGGCUCUAUUGUCAGGCUGUACGUUCGCCGGAGGAGACCCAUGCUGGAAACUGUCAUUGAAAUCAAACUCAUCAAAGGACCAAAAGGGCUGGGCUUCAGCAUCGCAGGAGGGGUGGGCAAUCAGCACAUCCCGGGGGACAACAGCAUCUUUGUCACUAAGAUCAUAGAUGGAGGUGCAGCACAGAAGGACCAGCGCUUGCAAGUUGGAGACCGGCUGCUUAUGGUGAACAACUACACUCUGGAAGAGGUCUCCCACGAGGAGGCUGUAGCCAUACUGAAGAACACUUCUGACGUUGUGUACCUGAAGGUGGGCAAGCCCACCAGUGUUUACUUAUCAGAUCCCUAUGGGCCACCUGAUAUCACACACUCAUUCUCUCCAGCAAUGGAAAAUCAUAUCUCUUCCGGGGGCAACAACGGCACUCUGGAGUACAAGUGCAGUCUUCCCCCCAUGCCCAUCUCUCCUGGAAGGUACUCCCCCCUCCAAAAACACUUACUCGGGGAAGAGGACAUUAACAGGUUGGAUGGUUUUUCCUUCUUACGAAAUGCCUCGAUAGAUGACGGGGAGGCUCACAGGUUUGAGUCGCAGCACUUCCAGUUGAGGCCUCCUGAGCCAGUUUACAGCACUGUGAACAAAGCACCUUCUCCCCACCACUAUUCCCCCGUGGAGUGUGACAAAAGCCUCCUCCACUCCAUACCCUUCCCUCACUAUCACUUAGGCCUGCUCCCUGACUUCGAGAUCACCAGGGAUCCCAGGAGGAUGGUCCUCCACAAGGGCUCCACAGGCCUGGGAUUCAACAUCGUGGGCGGGGAGGACGGAGAGGGCAUCUUUGUCUCCUUCAUCCUGGCGGGAGGGCCUGCCGACCUGAGCGGAGAGCUGCGGAGGGGAGACCAGAUCUUGUCGGUUAAUGGCAUCGACCUACGCGGGGCCACCCACGAGCAAGCGGCUGCAGCACUAAAGGGGGCGGGCCAAACUGUCACCAUCAUUGCUCAGUACAGGCCCGAGGAGUACGGGCGUUUCGAGGCCAAAAUCCAUGAUCUGCGGGAACAGAUGAUGAACCAUAGCAUGAGCUCUGGGUCCGGAUCCCUCCGAACCAAUCAGAAACGCUCCCUUUACGUCAGGGCACUGUUGGACUAUGAAAAGGCCAAAGACAGUGGACUCCCUAGCCAGGGCCUCAGCUUCAGGUAUGGGGACAUCCUCCACGUCAUCAACGCCUCAGACGAUGAAUGGUGGCAGGCCCGGAGGGUGACCCCUGAUGGGGACAGCGAAGAGAUGGGGGUCAUCCCCAGCAAGAGGAGGGUUGAGAGGAAAGAACGAGCUCGACUAAAGACAGUGAAGUUCAAUGCCAAACCGGGAACCAUCGAUUCCAAAGGGUCAUUCAAUGACAAGCGUAAAAACAACUUCAUCUUUACACGAAAGUUCCCAUUCUACAAGAACAAGGAGUUGGGUGAGCAGGAUGGCAGUGAUUCAGAACGGAGUCAAGAGGACAUGAUUCUCUCCUAUGAGCCUGUCAUUCGGCAAGAGAUUAAUUACGCCAGACCCGUCAUAAUCCUUGGACCAAUGAAAGACAGAAUCAACGACGACCUGAUAUCCGAAUUUCCUGACAAAUUUGGCUCCUGCGUGCCACAUACCACUCGGUCGAGGAGGGACUACGAGGUCGAUGGGCGGGACUACCAUUUUGUAAUGUCCAGAGAGCAGAUGGAGCAGGACAUCCAAGAGCACAAGUUCAUUGAGGCGGGCCAGUACAACGACAAUCUAUAUGGAACCAGUGUUCAGUCGGUCAAAUAUGUGGCGGAGAGGCAGGGUAAACAUUGCAUACUGGACGUGUCAGGGAAUGCCAUAAAACGACUACAAGUAGCACAACUCUACCCCAUUGCCAUCUUUAUAAAGCCUAGGUCCAUUGAUUCAUUAAUGGAGAUGAAUAAGAGAUUAACAGAAGAGCAGGCCAGGAAGACAUUUGACCGGGCCAUGAAGUUGGAGCAGGAGUUUGGCGAGUUUUUCACAGCCCUUGUUCAAGGUGACACCUUAGAAGACAUUUAUAACCACUGCAAAAUGGUGAUAGAGGAGCAUUCAGGACCCUACAUCUGGAUCCCAUCAAAAGAGAAAUUAUGAGAACACACCACUUUGGCAGGGAUAUUGGACUGCUAGAUUCACAACAUACUUUGUAACAUAUGUUCAACUGUAAUGGUAAUUUAUAUUGUUCAUAAUUAUAGCCAAUUAAACUGAUUUUUUUCUUAUAGUUUCUUUUUUUUCCACGUUCAAUAUGAAUGUUCCUGAAUGUACACCACAACGUUUAAGACACAUUUUUGGCCUAUAACAAUUGACUGUUUGUAUAUUUCAUGUUUUUAUUUUUAAAAAUGCUAAGGAAAUUUAAUAAACAAGGGCAUGUGUUCACGUCGA